CAAGUUCUCAUUAUCCACAGUUGUAGUAUAAAGUGAUGAAAGUAUAGAGCAUAUGGCAGCUGCGAGGUAAAGCCGAGCGGAAUCGCAACUCCUUGACUGCCUUGGUGCCUAGAUAGAACAUUAGUGCCCUAAGCAUAUAGCUGCAGCUACUGGAAGACUCGCUUACCCGCACAUACUGCAGUGAAUUUGCACCGUGUCAGGGCUAUGCAAGCCAGUGAAUCGCGCUCGACUUUUCGUUUGCCCUGGCAAGGGCUCACAGCAUCACAUUUGGCUUAUUAUUUGCUAUAACUUCAUAUUGGCAAUUACAAGAGACGAAAGGACUGCACUUACAACUACUCGCCACACCAUUCGUCGGACUACAAAAAUACCCUCGGUCGUGGUGCAGGUCGUGGUCGUGGUCAGCACAGUCCUCUAUGCGGCCCCCGAAUUUCUCUGGGUAGAUUUACAACGAAAUGGGCGCGAGUUCCUCUCGCCUUGCCAGCAUGCUUACCCCGCUCACCAGCGGCGGAGCUACGACUGUUAACCCCAAAGCCGAUGCGGGCGUGUUGGAUAAACUUGGUCACGAUCCAAGGCUUCUAUCAACAUCCGUCAGGGGGCUUGGAGUGUUGGUCGGCCGGGGAGAGGUGCAGACAUGGCUGCACGUGGCGGUAGAGAAGGCUCAACUGCAGGUUGUACGUCAGAUGUUUAAUUUUCUGUCAGGCAGUAACAUCUAUACAGUUCGACAAGCACUGAAGCCGUACUGCCGACGCAUGGGAGUCCCAUUGCCGAGCAGUUCACGUGAAGGCCUCAGAAUGGCUUCAAGCAUGUGCAACUCUAAAGGUCAAUCCCCUCUCAUGUUAGCAUGCGCUGCGAGUUGUCCGGAGCUUGUGAAGCUGCUACUGGAGCAGGUACCGCCCGCAUUAGCCUACCAGAGCUGGUGCUAGAUGAGGCGUAUGCUCUUGCUAGUCCCUCUGUUCGUCCUUCUGUUCGUCCCUCUGUUCGUCCCCCUGUUCGUCCUUCUGUUCGUCCUUAUGUUCGUCCUUCUGUUCGUCCUUAUGUUCGGUUUCUUGCGUACCAUCAACAGUCCCAGUACAGUACGGCUGUUUGAAGUCAAAGCAAAUGCAUGCAUGAGGGUUGGCUCCAGCAGCAGCAGCACACACAUUGCUCGCUGAGUGGUAUCUUAGGCACCUGUGCUCUCGGUCUAAUUACCGGUAGCUGCCUUCAAUUAUCCUUAUCCAGCUUUACAUGCCCUUGCGGAAAUGCCAUGCAGGGUGCAAGUGUUUGGGCAGUUGACUUGUGCGGUUGCCGUACCGCCCUGCAUUACGCAGCCAUCUCGGGGUCAGCAGACUGCGUGGCAGCGCUGCUGGAGGAUCAGACCCCGCACAAACCGUCUCGUAGCCGUGCUUGGUAGGAUGCGGGCCGUUUACUCACUGUGCACCUUACACAACACAACCACCCCGAGCUGGCAUGCACGUCUAGCCCAAUAACCUGCAUUUGUUUAUUCGUUUGUCAAGGACAAACCACUUGCUUGUGUUCGAUCCGUUCAUUCCUUGCUUUGCCCUUUCCUCCCUCUUACUUGUUUAGGCUCAUCAACGCUCGCUGCUUGCGUGGACUGACCGCCCUGCACUACGCCAUCCUCCAUGGGCAUCAUGAGGUGCUUCGGGAAUUGUUGCGGCAUGACCCGGAC